AUGACAGCAGAACGCAGAACCCAAGAAGGAAAGGCUGUGAUGUAUGCAUUUGAAAUUAAUGCAGAAGAAACUAGACAACUUCCUUUUACCUAUAAUAAGAAUAAACUUAAAAUUUUAUUAACCGGCCUAUUCAAUCUAUCUAUCUAUCUAUCUAUCUAUCUAUCUAUCUAUCUAUAUAUAUAUAUAUAUAUAUAUCUGUCUCAUUCUGUAUAUUAUCUAUCUAUCUAUCUAUCUAUCUAUCUAUCUAUCUAUCUCAUUCUGUAUAUUAUCUAUCUAUAUAUCUGUCUCAUUCUGUAUAUUAUCUAUCUAUCUAUCUAUCUAUCUAUCUCAUUCUGUAUAUUAUCUAUCUAUAUAUCUGUUCAUUCUGUAUAUUAUUCUAUUUUCCAUAAAUCUAUCCAUAUCUAUCUAUCUUCUAUUCAUUCAAUUAUUAUCUAUCUAUAUCUGUCUCAUUCUGUAUAUUAUCUAUCUAUCUAUCUAUCUAUCUAUCUCAUUCUGUAUAUUAUCUAUCUAUAUAUCUGUCUCAUUCUGUAUAUUAUCUAUCUAUCUAUCUAUCUCAUUCUGCAUAUUAUCUAUCAAUAUAUCUGUCUCAUUCUGUAUAUUAUCUAUCUAUCUAUCUAUCUAUCUAUCUAUCUAUCUAUGCUACUACUACUAUAA